UGGUGGGUGGCGCGGUGGGUCACGUGUGUGCUGGACAAAUAAAAUAACUGGAGUUUCCCCAUCCUCCGGUGCGGGGUUCCGAGCUGCACAUCGGGGGACGCUUGGCCUCACCUGUUCAGGUGUCAGCCAUGAAGCUGACUGUCAUCUUACUGGCCCUUGUGCUCCAAGUGUUUUCUCUGGAAAAUGGGCUGAUGCGGACGCCCCCCAUGGGCUGGCUGGCCUGGGAACGCUACCGCUGUAACAUCAAUUGUGAAGAGGACCCUGACAAUUGCAUCAAUGAGCGUCUGUUUAUGGACAUGGCCGACCGGCUGGCCAACGAUGGCUGGAGGGACCUGGGCUACAACUAUAUCAACAUUGAUGACUGCUGGAUGGCGCCCAACCGUGACGAGGAUGGCCGUCUGAUGGCUGACCCUAAGAGAUUUCCCAGCGGUAUCAAGGCCUUGGCAGACUAUGUUCACUCACUGGGCCUGAAGCUGGGCAUCUAUGAAGACAUGGGCAACAAGACUUGCAUGGGUUACCCGGGCACCACAGUGGACGAUGUGGUCCUAGAUGCAGAGACCUUUGCCAGUUGGGAAGUGGACAUGCUGAAGCUGGAUGGGUGCUACUCAAGCGCCAUAGACCGUGCUCAGGGUUACCCUGGCAUGGCAGAUGCCCUGAACGCCACAGGCCGCCCCAUCGCCUACUCCUGCAGCUGGCCAGCCUACGACGGAGGUCUCCCUCCUCUGGUGAACUACACCCUCCUGACUGAGAUCUGCAACCUCUGGCGCAACUACGAUGACAUCGAGGACUCCUGGCAGAGCGUCCUCUCCAUCGUAGACUGGUACACCAAGAACCAGGACAUCCUCCAGCCUGUGGCAGGCCCUGGCCACUGGAAUGACCCGGACAUGUUGCUCAUAGGGAACUUUGGUCUGAGCUUCGAGCAGGCCAAGGCACAGAUGGCCCUGUGGACGAUCUUGGCGGCCCCUCUCUUCAUGUCCACAGACCUCCGCACCAUCUCACCCCAGAACGUGGACAUUCUACAGAACAAGCUCAUGAUUAAGAUUAACCAGGACCCCUUGGGCAUCCAGGGGCGCAGAGUGCUCAAGACCAAACACGAGAUCGAGGUGUUUGUGCGCCCACUGUCCAACAACACCAGUGCCAUUGUCUUCUUCAGCCGCAGGACAGACAUGCCCUACCGCUAUAAGACCACACUCGGCUCUCUCAACUUCACAGACUCCGCAUCAUAUGAGGUUCAGGACGUCUACACGGGAAACAUCAUCAGCGGCCUCACGCCGGACACCAGGUUCACUGUGAUCAUCAACCCAUCAGGUGUUGUCAUGUGGUACCUGUACCCCAUCCCAGACCUGGCUGAGAAGCAGCUCCCCGAGUUGUGAAACCUCAUUGGAUUCAGCCUCGACUGUCAGUACUCAGGAAGGGGACGAGGGGGAUGGGCACAUCGCCACUCACCAGCUGCGGCCAGGAUGCCCUCGGACCUCAGCGUGGCCCAGGAGUGGCCCCUCACACUGCUACCUCUGCUCCUGGGAUGUAGGGCAACCCCAGGGGCCCAGCACAGGCCGCCCUGGCUCUCCUCUGGGCCUUGGGCUCUCAGUAGGAACUCUGGGGAUUCUGAAGUGUGAUUGACUUUGUGUCUACCUCUCUGGGUAGAGGGGGAUCGAUGCAGGGGGGUAGUAAGGGAGCCCUUUGCUGCCCCUUAGACCUAAUAAAGCACAUGA